AUGGAAUUAGCUGAUCCAUCAUUUGACACACCAAACAGAAUAGAUAUUAUUUUAGGUGCUGAGGUAUAUAGCCAGAUCUUGUUGGAAGGUUUGAUCAGAGGUUCUUCCGGCUCUGUCGUUGCACAACACACAAGACUCGGUUGGAUCUUAUCUGGUAAAAUACUCAGCGAAAAUAAAAGCGAAAUCAACCGUGGCGAAUCGUGUCUCAAUGUAGUAAACCGACAUUUAGCUCAAUCAAAUGAGAACGAGCUUCUCAAAAAGUUUUGGGAGCUAGAGUCUGAACCAUCCUUUGAUAGGACUAAACACUUAACUCUAGAAGAGAAAAGGUGUGAGGAACUUUUUAUUAAAACUACCAGACGCGAUGAGUCUGGUAGGUACAUCGUCAAACUACCCUUCAAAACGGAAAAUUCACUUUGUCUACACGGUAAUCUAAAGAAUAUCGCGCACAAGCGUUUUCUCAUGUCAGAAAGACGUUUGUUGAGAACACCCAAUCUCAAGACUGAGUAUUCCAAGGUCUUAGAGGAGUACCUCAGUUCGGGCAAUGCAGAAGUGGUAAAACUAAGUGAAGUGGUCAAAAAAGGAGUAGUAUAUCUACCACACCACGCUUCGUCAAGAUAA